AUUAGUGAUAAAAGAAAAAGUCAAAAUGUUGAAUGAGGCUGACAAUUUUGCAGACAUCUUUCGAGGUGGACUUCCUUAUUGUCUCCUCAUUGCAUUGCCAAUAUUAAUACUCUGCACACCUAGUCUAGCAAGCGAGUUCCAAGUUGUGUCAAUGACCAAAUUCGAUGUUAAUGGAGAACCCUACGGUUGCCGGUCAUCUGCUAUUUCCUUGGAAGCAAAAUCCCUGUACACGUGGAGCACCGGUCGGCACUGUGUGCUCGCCAGACUGCUCGAUGUUUCGGUCAAUGAUUUGAACAAUAUCCGUCAAAAGGCUGGCGGUCUUAUAGCAAUGCUGCCAAAGGAUGUCUCCAUAUUAAGCGAUGAGAUAAAAGAGCAAGUGCUCACAUUGGAAAAGGAAAUGUUAACACAAUCCAUACCAGUGCCAGUUUACUUCGCGCCCUACAAUCCAAAUCUAGAACAUAUUAUCAAUGAUAUUACUCAAAACUCUGCCAAAAAUAAUGCUAAGAAUGAAGAUGCUUUUGCGCAUUUGUUGAUGUCUGUUUCCGCUAAUGGAUAUCAUGUCACUGUGGAUGGCCAAAAUGGUGCGGUUAAUAAAAAUAGCAAAAUUCCCAUCAUUCAAGGAGAACUAGUACCAAGUCAAUUUGCUUUAAAGCAUGUUGAUAACGCUGGAGAGAGUACUACCCUACCACUUAUUCUAAUCACUACCAAUCUAAAGACUUUUGGAAUCACUAAUGACUAUCCAUUGAACGCUGACGUAGCCGUAGUCAUGUCUCUUGUAGAAAUAUUUAGUAAAUUGCACUCUGUUAUUAGCACAUCACCAAAGUACCGCCUGGCAUUUCUGAUCUCUGACGCUGGCUUGUUGUUAAACUUCCAGGGAUCAAAGAAAUGGCUUGAAACUGAUGACAAUAUGUCUUUACAGAAUGUGGAAUUCGUAUUAUCUCUGGAUACAAUUACGCAAAGCUUAGCUCAAAAUCAGCCCAAUGCAUUCUACAUGCAUGUUUCGAAACCUCCAAAAGAGAAGACUCCAAUAAGCCAUUUCUUCAAGUUGCUCAAAACUGUCACUGGCCGCCACUCAGAAAACGCAACGGUUGAGGGGAUUCAUAAGAAAAUAAAUCUUGCUGAAUCAAAAAUUUCUUGGGAGCACGAGCGUUUCAGCAUGAAGCGAUUCCCCGCUUUUACACUAUCCUCUGUCAAAAAUCCAAGCAGUUCGCUCCGCACCACAAUAUUUAAAGACAACGAAGCAAGGACCGUAGCCCAAACACUGACGACAGUCAAGAUAAUUGCCGAAACCCUGGCUUGUUAUAUAUAUAAAAUUGAUCCCAUGUCUGACGUUUUUGAAGGACACGUUGUUAUCAAUGAGAAUAAUGUGUUGCCAUAUCUGGGUAUUAAGUCGGUUUUACAGAAUAACGAUAUCAAGGACGGCUUCGAGAAGUAUCUGGCAAAUGUUAAAAUUACUUAUGACAAGCCUGAUGCCCGUGAUCCAGACUUUAUGUUUUACAACGGCAUAGAUCCAAAAUUAAAUGUGUACAGAGUGAAGCCGGCAGUCUUCGAUCUAUUCCUCACAUUGAUUGUUUCCCUUUAUCUAUGUUCUGUGUAUUUUGCAAUUCAAUUCUUUCCACGAUUUUACAAUUUUAUUGCCGCAAAUACGAAAGAAUUGUUUUGUGGACAAGUAGGAAAUACACAGAAUGCCACCUUUAAACGAAAAAAUAACUAAUGUACUUGAGUUCAGAAUAACUAGACGUUGAGGUCCAAUUUGAUUGCAAACUGAAAUGUAUUUUUUUGUUUAAAGGUUGCUAAUUCAAUUGUUUUUUUGUUAAUUUUUAAGACGAGUAUAAAAUGAAUUGUAG